UGAUUCAUUUUCUGUUUAAUGAUCAGACUAAAUGAAUAUGAAACAGAAAAGUGUGUGUCAGCAAACUCAAGCACUUCUGUGCAAGAAUUUUCUGAAGAUGUGGAGGAUGAAAGGAGAAAGUGCACUGGAAUGGGGCCUCCCAAUACUUCUAGGACUGGGCUUGGUUCUGUUUUCAUCUUUCCUAGGCUCUGUCAACUUUCCGGAAAUGCCUCCUCAGGAUCUGGGAAGGGUAGAUACAUUUAAUAGCUCUUCUAAAAUAGUUGUGUAUACACCAAUCUCUAAUAUAAGCCAGAAGAUAAUGAAUAAAACAGCAUUGUCUCCUCUUUGGAAAGGAGGAACGGUCAUUGGGGCACCAAAUAAGAAAAACAUGAAUGAAAUACUUCUAGAACAUUUUCCAUUUGCUGUGGGAAUUGUUUUUAACGAUGCUUUCUCUUAUAAGUUAAAAUUUCCUGACGGGUAUGACAUUCCAUUUUUGAAAGAAGAAGAUUUCUCAGUUCAUUGUUGGGAUGUAUAUUAUGAGUUUCCAUGUGAAUUGACCAAAUACUGGAAAAGAGGAUUUGUGACUUUACAAACUGCCCUUAACGCUGCUAUUAUAGAAAUGACAACAAACCGCUCCGUGGUGAAGGAGCUGAUGUCCGUUACUGCGAUAAAUAUGAAGACGUUGCCUUUUAUUUCUAAACACACGCUCCAAAAUGAGUUGUUUCUUUUAUACUGCUUGCUUUAUUUCUUCCCACCAAUGUAUUUUUUGUCACUCAAUGUCACAAAAGAGCGGAAAAAGAAGAAGGAUUUGAUGAAAAUGAUGGGCCUACAAGAUCCAGCAUUCUGGUUCUCCUGGGGUUUACUCUAUAUUGGCUUCAUCUUCGUUUUUUCCAUACUCAUUACAAUUAUUAUAACAUCCACCCAAAUUAUAGAGAUGACUGGCUUCAUGGUCAUAUUUCUACUCUUUUUCUUAUAUGGCUUGUCUUUGAUACCUUUAGCGUUCCUGACAAGUGUGUUGUUGAAGAAAGCUGUCCUCACCAGUUUGGUUGUGUUUUUUCUUAUCCUCUUUUGGGGGUGUUUGGGAUUCACUGCAUUCUCUAAACAAAUUCCUUCAUCACUGGAGUGGAUUUUAAGUAUAUGUAGCCCCUUUGCUUUUACUACUGGAAUGGUUCAGGUUAUCAAACUGGAUUAUAACUUGAAUGGUGUAAUUUUUCCUGACCCUUCUGGAGACUCGUAUGUAAUGAUAGCAACUUUUUUCAUGCUGACUUUUGAUGGUCUUAUCUACUUGAUAUUGGCAUUAUACUUUGACAAAAUUUUUCCCUAUACAAAUGAACACCAUUACUCUCCAUUAUUUUUCUUGAAUUCGUCAACUUGUUUCCAACACCAAAGGACUGAUAAUAAGGUCAUCGAGAGAGAAAUAGAUUCUGAGUGUCCCUCUGGUGAUUAUUUUGAACCAGUAACUCCUGAAUUCCAAGGAAAAGAAGCCAUCAGAAUCAGAAAUGUCAAGAAAGAAUAUAAAGGAAAGUCUGGAAAAGUAGAAGCACUGAGAGGCUUGCUCUUGGACGUAUAUGAAGGUCAAAUUACAGCAAUUCUGGGUCACAGUGGAGCUGGCAAAUCUUCACUGCUGAACAUCCUUAGUGGAUUGGCUAUUCCAACAGAAGGGUCAGUUACCAUUUAUAAUAAAAACCUCUCUGAAAUGCAAGACUUGGAGGAAAUCAGGAAGAUCACUGGUGUUUGUCCUCAAUCCAACGUUCAGUUUGACACCCUCACAGUAAAGGAAAACCUCCGCCUGUUCGCUACUAUAAAAGGGAUUCGUCUGCAGGAAGUGGAGCGAGAGGUACAACAGAUUUUAUUGGAAUUGGACUUGCAAACCAUUCAAAAUAACCUUGCUGAACACAUCAGUGAAGGACAGAAAAGAAAGCUGACUUUUGGGAUUGCCGUUUUAGGAGAUCCUCAGGUUUUGCUUUUAGAUGAACCAACUACUGGGUUAGAUCCCUUUUCAAGGCAUCGAGUGUGGAGUUUCCUGAAGGAACGUCGAGCAGAUCGUGUGAUCCUCUUCAGUACCCAAUCCAUGGAUGAAGCUGACAUCCUGGCUGAUAGAAAACUGAUCAUGUCCAAUGGAAGACUGAAAUGUGCGGGCUCUUCUGUCUUUUUGAAGAGAAAAUGGGGUCUUGGAUAUCACUUAAGUUUGUAUAGGAAUGAAAUAUGUGAUCCGGAACAAAUAACAUCCGUCAUUAACCAUCAUAUCCCUGAUGCUAAAUUAAAAACAGAAAACCAAGAAAAGCUUGUGUAUACUUUGCCUUUGGAAAAGACAAAUACAUUUCCAGACCUUUUCAAUGAUCUUGAAAAGUGUUCUGACCAAGGAGUGACGGGUUAUGACAUUUCCAUGUCAACUCUGAAUGAAGUCUUUCUGAAACUGGAAGGAAAAUCCACUAUUGAACAAGGUUUUCAACAAGUGGAGAUAUUGAGAGACUCAGAAAGCCUAAAUGAAAUGGAGCCAGCUCACUCUCUCUUCCCUGAAAUGCAGACGGCUGCGAGUGACAUGAGCGUCUGGAAAAUGCAAGUCUGUGCAAUAGCAAGGCUUCGUUUCUUACAGUUCAUACGUGGAAGGAAAGUGCUUUGGAACCUGUUAUUGGUGUUUGGAAUUGCAGUGCUCCCUUUGGUUGUGGAAAGUAUAAUUUAUGCUAUGAGUGCUUUGAAGAUCGAUUGGGAAUUUAAAACUGAAUUGUACUUUCUCUCUCCUGGACAACCUCCCCAGGGCCCCCGUACCAGCCUGCUGGUCAUCAAUAACACAGAAUCAAAUAUUGAAGAUUUUAUUCAGUCACUGAAGCAUCAAAAUAUACUUUUGGAAAUAGAUGACUUUGAAAACAGAAAUGGCACUGAUAGCCUCUCAUACAAUGGAGCCAUCAUAGUUUCUGGUAAACAAAAGGAUUAUAGAUUUUCCCUUGUGUGUAAUACCAAGAGAUUGCAUUGUUUCCCUAUUCUUAUGAAUAUCAUCAGCAACGGACUACUUCGAAUGUUUAAUCACACACAAUAUAUUCAAAUUAAGAGAAGCCCUUUUGUUUUUAGCUAUGAAAUCUUCUUUACUCGACUGCCAGAAGCUUUCAGUUUCUUAGUUUGGGUUUUAAGUUGCACUUCUCCUUACAUCGCCAUGAGCAGCGUCAGUGAUUACAAAAGGAAAACCAAGUCCCAGCUGUGGAUUUCAGGCCUCUACACUUCUGCUUACUGGUGCGGACAGGCACUGGUGGAUAUAAGUGUGUUCAUCUUAAUUCUCCUCUUAAUGUAUUUAAUUUUCUACCUACAGAACAUGGCAUACCUUUAUGUUACAACUAAAAUUUUCUUUGCUAUGGUUCUUUUUACACCUGGUUAUGCAGCUUCUCUUAUCUUCUUGACAUAUAUAAUAGCAUUUAUUUCACGGAAAAAGAGAAAAAACAGUGGUCUUUGGUCAUUUUGCUUCUAUUUUGCCUCAAUGAUCACGUGGGACAUGCUUAUAAUCAAAGGAUUUAACCUAAAAAUCUUGAUUACCAGCAUUGCAUUAGUUCCUUCUUUUACCUUGUUUGGCUUUAUAAACAUUUUUGAUCAGAGUGAACUUGAGUUCUACAGACACCCUGAAGACCCACACGCUGACCCAAAUGCAGUUGUUUUUCUAGCCUGCCUAAUACCUUACUUUCAGGCUUUGCUGUUUGCUUUUGUUCUAAGAUGCAUGGAACUAAAAUGUGGAAAGAAAGCAAUGCGAAAGGAUCCUGUUUUCAGAAUUUCCCACCAAAUUAAAGACGCUCAACCAAAUCCAGAAGAACCUGUAGAUGAAGAUGAAGAUGUUCAAGCAGAAAGAAUAAGAACGGCAACUGCGCUGACCACUUCAGACUUAGACGAGAAACCAGUUAUAAUUGCCAGCUGUCUACACAAAGAAUAUACAGGCCAGAGGAAAAGUUGCUUUUCAAAGAGGAAGAAGAAAGUAGCAGCAAGGAAUAUCUCUUUCUGCGUUAAAAAAGGUGAAAUUUUGGGAUUGUUAGGUCCCAAUGGUGCUGGUAAAAGUUCAUCUAUUAGAAUCAUAUCUGGAAUCACAAAGUCAACGGCUGGAAAGGUGGAACUGAAAGGAUGCAGUUCAAUUUCAGGUCACCAGGGAGAUGACACGGUCAAGUUCCUGGGGUACUGUCCCCAGGAGAAUGUGCUGUGGCCCGUACUGACAAUGAGGGAACACCUGGAGGUAUAUGCGGCCGUAAAGGGGCUGAAGAAAGAGAGUGCAAAGGCUGCCAUCACACGGUUAGUGGAUGCUUUCAACCUGCAUGAGCAGCUGAAUGUUCCUGCGCAGAAGUUAACAGCAGGAGCAGCGAGAAAGUUGUGCUUUGUGCUGAGCAUCCUGGGAAACUCACCUUUCCUACUCCUGGAUGAACCAUCUACAGGCGUGGAUCCCCCAGGGCAGCAGCAAAUGUGGCAGACACUCCAGGCAGCCAUGAAAACCACAGCUGCGGGUGUCCUCCUGGCCACCCAUAACCUGGCUGAGGCUGAGGCCUUGUGUGACCGUGUGGCCAUCAUGGUGUCUGGAAGGCUAAGAUGCAUUGGCUCUAUCCAACACCUGAAAAACAAACUUGGCAAGGAUUACAUUCUAGAACUAAAAGUGAAAGAACCUUCUCAAUUGACAUCGGUCCACACCGAGAUUGUGAAGAUUUUCCCACAGGCUGCACAGCAGGAAAGGUCUUCCUCCUUGUUGACCUAUAAGCUGCCCCUGGCGGAUGUUUACCCUCUGUCUCAGGCCUUCCACAAAUUAGAGACCGUAAAGCACAACUUUAGCUUGGAGGAAUACAGCCUCUCUCAGUGUACACUGGAAAAGGUACUCUUAGAGUUUUCUAAGGAGCAGGAGGUAGAAAAUUUGGAUGAAGAAGUUGAUACGACAAUGAGAUGGAAACUACUCCCUCAUUUGGAUGAACCUUAAAAUCUCCAAACUAACAAUUUUUGUUGAAGUCCUUUAGGCCUAUAUUUUGUAUAUGAAUAAUAGUAUGUAUAUUUUAAAAGAUCAUUUAAUAUCAGUAUCAAGUGCAUUUUGUAUAUUCAGUUAAUGAAUACAUCAAUUUUAAAAUUAUUUUUCCCUCAGAUUUAUGAGUGAUAGAAAACCCAUGAUAAAACAAUACAGAAGUAACCAUAGAGUCAGGCACUC